AAAAAUUCCCAGAAAGAAAAUGUACGUAUAUAUAAAGGGCCAUGAUUUCACUUCAGGUUACUCUGAACCGCAGAUGUUGAUAUCUAAGCUAUUUAAAAGAGGGAUAAAAAACACUUAAUAAGUGGAGAUGGAUCUGCAUGAGGCAAAAUGGAAAUUAUUUGCCCUCAGUGUGCUGCUGUUGCUGACGUUCUACCACAGCAACACUGCUGCUGUCAGCAUGAAGGAACACCUGGCUGAUUGUCUGGAGGACAAAGACUACGAUGAGCUGUUACACACUGUGAAGACCGGCCUCCCUCACAUAAAUACAUCUCACCACGUUGUUGUUGUCGGAGCCGGCAUGGCCGGACUGACGGCUGCCAAGCUGCUGCAAGACGCCGGACACCAGGUGACCAUAUUAGAGGCUGAUAGUCGUGUCGGAGGACGAGUGGAGACCUACAGGAAUGAAAAAGAGGGCUGGUAUGCUGAACUGGGAGCCAUGAGGAUCCCUAGUUUUCACAAAAUCGUCAACUGGUAUGCUAAAAAUCUGGGGGUGAAACUGGAUGAAUUCAUCAUGGAUGACCCCAACACCUUUUACUUCGUUAAUGGGGUGCUGAGGAGGACGAGGACAGUGCAAAUAAACCCCGACGUCUUGAAGUACAACGUGCGGGAAAGUGAGAAAGGGAAAUCAGCCGACGAGCUGCUACAACAAGCUUUGCAGAAGGUCAAAGAUGAAGUGGAGGCCCAUGGCUGCAGGGCUGCGCUGCUAAAAUACGACCGUUAUUCUGUCGAGGAGUAUCUGAAAGAAGAAGGAGGUCUGAGUUCAGAAGCGGUGAGGAUGCUCGGAGACCUGCUUAACCAACAGAGCCUCAUGUACACAGCGCUGAGUGAGAUGAUCUAUGACCAGACUGACAUCAAUGAUGAUGUGAAGUACUCUGAAGUGAUUGGUGGGUCGGACCUGCUCCCCAACGCUUUUGUCGAUGUCCUCGAUGUCCCUAUUCUCCUCAACUCCAAGGUCAAACGUAUCAGCCAGUCAAAGAAGGGUGUAAUUGUUUCGUACGAGGAAGGCCAACAGUGUUCUUUGACGGACCUUACCGCUGACGCUGUCCUGGUAACAACAACAACCAAAGCAGCCCUUUUCAUGGACUUUCAUCCAGCUCUCUCCAUUGAAAAGAUGGAGGCACUGAGGGCAGCCCACUACGACAGCUCCACUAAAAUCCUCCUCACCUUCAGCGAGAGGUUCUGGGAGAAGGACGGCAUCCGAGGAGGAAAGAGCAUCACUGACGGGCCCUCUCGUUACAUCUACUACCCCAGCCACAGUUUUCCAAAAAAUAAGACCAUCGGCGUCCUCCUGGCUUCCUACACCUGGUCUGACGACUCCCUCCUCUUCUUAGGUGCGAGCGAUGAAGACCUGAAAGAGUUAGCUCUGAGAGAUUUGGUGCAAAUCCAUGGCGAGCACGUCAGGUCGCUCUGCACAGGGGUGUUGGUGAAGAAGUGGAGCAUGGAUCCUUACAGCUUGGGUGCCUUCGCUCUCUUCACACCGUACCAGCAUUUAAAGUAUGCUAAAGAGCUCUUCAGAAGUGAAGGCAGGGUUCACUUUGCUGGUGAACACACUGCCUUCCCUCACGCUUGGAUCGAGACAUCGAUGAAAUCUGCAAUCAGAGCUGCUACCAACAUCAACAAAGAGGCGCUCUUGAAUUCAGAGUGGGCUAACUGUCCAGUGUGAGAUGAGCUCUAGAGUCGGGAGAAUGAAUUUUAAGCAACUGAGUAUUAUAGUAUUAGUAAAUACAAUAUCAAAAGGUGCAAUAUAUCUAGCUAAUGCCACAGAAAUGUUAUUUAUAGUAUUAUAUGUUGAAUUUUAAUAUUUAUAAAGACUGUGGAAUAUGAAAUGUCUGUCAUAAUCAUUAGUGUACACACAAAAUAAAAGUGUUUCAUAAAGACG